AUGGAGGACACGGCCGACGACCCGCUGGACGACGCGCCGCCGCCCCCGCCACGUGCCCCCGCACAGCCGUUGAAAAUCAACACGGACCUUCGCCUGUACCGCGCGCGCCUGUCACGCAUGAUGGCGAACCUGGCGCAGGACGGCAGCGAGCGGCGGCGCCUGCUGCGCGAUUCCGAGGCCGGCCUGCGGCGCUGCUUGGAGUCGGACCCCACUGACCCCCGCGCAUACGUCAGCCUGGGAAAGAUCUUGCUGCAGCAGAAACGCUUCGACGAGGCGCGGAAACUCUACGCGGACGGCACAGCCAAUACAGGCAACACCAACCCCUACAUCUGGGCGUCAUGGGGCUACCUGGAGUACCGCACCGGCAACGUGUCUCGCGCGCGGAAGCUGUUUGACGCCGCGAUCGUGGUGGACGAGACGCACGCGGCGGCGUGGCACAAGUGGGGGAUGCUGGAGAUGCGGCAGGGCAACUUCCUGCGGGCCAGGGACCUCUGGACGCGGGGGAUUCAGAAGUGCCGCCGCGCGCCGCAGAAGAGCAACACCUACCUGUACUGCUCUCUGGCGGUGAUGGCGGCCGAGCUGGGCAAGCUGGGGGAGGCGCGCUCCUGGUUCGAGGAGGGCACGCGCACCAACCUCGGGAAGUCGAGCUGCGCGCUGUGGCACGCAUGGGCGACGAUGGAGGCGCAGAUUGGGGACCCCUCCGCGGUCAGGUUCCUGUUCAAGCGCUCCCUCCAGUCCAACCCACGGUCGCGCUACGCCUAUCUGGCGUGGGGCAUGUGGGAGCGCCGCCAGGGCAACCCUGCCGCGUGCGCGCAGCUGCUCGCGCGCGGGCAGCAGCUCAACCCAGCGGACCCCGCGCUGUUCCAGGCGCGCGCGCUGGUGGCCAGGGAGGCGGGGCGCCACGAGGAGGCGCGCGGCGUGUUCAAGCGGGGGCUGGAGGUGGACUCGUCUCACCUGUACCUGUGGCAGGCCUGGGGCGUGAUGGAGUAUCAGCUGGGCAACCUGGAGGAGGCGCGGCGGCUGUUCCAGGAGGGGGUGUGGGCGGACCCCGGGAACAAGGACGUGGUCUAUGUCUUCCAGGCCUGGGGGGUGCUGGAGUGGAAGGGCACGGGCAACCACCAGCUGUCGCGGGAGCUUUUCAAAGCGGCGCUCAAGGUGGACCCCCGCAACGAGUCCACCUGGGCAACCUGGAUCCAGAUGGAGGAGGAGCUUGGGCGCCUGGAGGCAGCCAAUGACCUCCGCAUCCGCCGCAGCGAGCAGCAGUGGGAGUUUGUCAUCCCCAGCAGCUUCACCACGCGCCCCGACGGCGCGGCGGAGGCCGCGGCGCCGGGGGGCGCGCCCGGGGCCGCGGCCGGCGGCGGCGUCGCGGGCGGCGCGAUCAACGCGAUGCUGCAGACCAUCAACCGCUUCUUCCGGCUGCGAGGGGAGGGCGGCGGCGGCGGCGGCGGCGGCGGCAGGCGCGGCGGCAAUGGGCGUGCGCUGGCUGACAUGCUGCCCGAGGAAUUUUUGUCGGAGGGCGACGCGGCCGGGGCGCUGGCGGCGGAGAUGGCUGCGUCGGGGCCGCCGCUGGCGGCGUUGGAGGAGGAGGGGCUGCUAGGUGCGGCCGCAUGGGGCGCCGGCGCGGGCGCGAGCGGCGGCGGCGCGAACCAGAGCUGGGACGCGAGCGGGAGCGGAACGGGGACGCGGGCGUGGGAGGGAGGCGGCGGCGGCGCCGCCGACGGGGCUGGGGCGACGGAGGCCGCCGCGUCUGGCAGCGGCAUUGGCAGCGGCGAGGGGCAGCGGCGGCGGCAGCGCCCGCUGUUCCCGGAGGGCCAGCGGCAGCGGUCGCGGACGAGCGCGAUGUCGCGCUUUGCGAAGCGGCCCGCGCGGCGGCUGGGCGCGGACAGCGGCGGUCCGGACGGGAUUGUCAUAGAGAGCGGCAGCAGCAGCAGCGGCAGCAGCGACAGCAGCAGCAGGGACGGCAGCAGUGGGGAUGGCGGCCUGCGGUGA